GGGCGCCCCGGGGUGCGCGCCGGAGCCGCCGCCUGAGCCGUGUGUGGGGAAUGUGACCAGGCCUGAGAGUUCCUCUGGAAGCAUGGAGACUGUGGUGAUUGUGGCCAUUGGGGUGCUGGCCACCAUCUUUCUGGCCUCCUUUGCAGCCUUGGUGGUGGUAUGUCGGCAGCGCUACUGCCGGCCUCGGGAUCUGCUGCAGCGCUAUGAUUCCAAGCCCAUCGUGGACCUCAUUGGUGCCAUGGAGACCCAAUCUGAGCCCUCAGAGUUGGAACUGGACGAUGUUGUCAUCACCAACCCCCACAUUGAGGCUAUCUUGGAGAAUGAGGACUGGAUUGAAGAUGCUUCGGGUCUCAUGUCCCACUGCAUUGCCAUCUUGAAGAUUUGUCACACGCUGACAGAGAAACUCGUGGCUAUGACGAUGGGCUCGGGAGCCAAGAUGAAGACUUCUGCCAGUGUCAGUGACAUCAUUGUGGUGGCCAAACGGAUCAGCCCUAGAGUGGAUGACGUGGUGAAGUCCAUGUACCCGCCCCUGGACCCUAAACUCCUGGAUGCACGGACCACGGCCCUGCUGCUGUCUGUCAGUCACCUGGUACUGGUGACCCGGAAUGCCUGCCACCUGACCGGGGGCCUGGACUGGAUUGACCAGUCACUGUCAGCGGCUGAGGAGCACCUGGAAGUCCUGCGUGAGGCAGCCCUGGCUUCAGAGCCAGAGAAAGGCCUCCUGGGCCCUGAAGGAUUCCUGCAGGAGCAGUCAGCCAUUUAGGGCCAGCAGCUGUCCACAGUGCCCCUUGACCUGUUACCUCCUUUCCUGAUAGACUCCAUUCUUCUCCCUGAUUAGGGAGUCCAGCUGCCUGUGAGGAGCCUGCAUGGAAGGGCCAGUUGCAGUUGCUAAAGCUAGUUGAUGAGGGCACUCUAACACUACAGUUAGGGGGCUGACAGUAACCCUGCAGCACAGCUUUGGAAACUGUGCACCCGAAGGAGCUGCCCUCUAGGCACCAGUUACGCAUUAAAAUCAGAAUUUGUUUCUUUUUCUGGGGGGUGGGUGGAUGAGGUAGGAUUUGGGCCACAUCUUGCAACACUCAGGGGUUUUUCCUGGCUCUCUGUGCUCAG